CCCAUCAGUGUGCGCAUGCGUUUACGUCACUACCUGCUCCGUUUUGGCUUGCCAUAUAACUUCUACCUGCAGCGUGGUAUUGAGAUGAUGUCAAGAACGACGUUAGGAAUCGCUGCCGCAGGCGCAGGCCUUUGUUUCAUAGGCUAUUGCAUUUAUUUUGAUCAGAAAAGGAGAAGUGAUCCCGAUUUUAAGCAGAAAUUACGAGAAAAAAGGAAAAAGUUGAGGCAGCAAAAACAAGCCCAGUCGAAAACUCAGCUGCCAGACCUGUCAAGCCCAGAGGCUAUGCAGCGCUUCUUCCUUCAGGAAGUGCAGCAGGGAGAGGAACUCUUGGCAGCAGGUGACAUCGAGAAUGGAGUGGAACACCUGAGCAAUGCUGUUGCUGUAUGUGGACAGCCUCAGCAGCUGCUUCAGGUGCUGCAGCAGACACUGCCUCCUCAGGUAUUCCAGCUCCUUAUCCAGAGACUGCCUUCAGCAGGACAGCGUCUCAUGAUGAGCAGCGCCGCAGCUGGAGGAGGAGAUCAGUCAGCAUCACUAGAGGAAGAUGAUUUGGAGUAAACUCCCAUGAACCUUUUCCGUUUUGUCAUCACUGAAGCCUAUAGUCAUUGUUUUUGUAACAUGUUUUGAAGACCACAAUGCUCGUUUCAAUUAACAGAGGCUGUAAACAUAGUUUAAUAGACACAGAUUCAUACUCUUCACAAGAAAACUUACGCUGUUCAGAUUUUACUAUCCAAAGUUUUCUAAGCACACAGAAAGGUCUUUUGAUUGUUUUCAGAUACCAGUUUGAAAUUCUUACAGCCAAAAUUCCCAAUAAUUUUAUGGCAGUGAUAUUAAGUAUAUCCAUAUUUUUUUUUUUUUUUUUUUUUUUGAAGACUUGCUAUUACAGGUGUCAUGAAGUAGUGUUGAUCAUUUCACUAUAAGCUGUUUUGCCAUUUGGGGUGGUUGUCUCACCAGUUCUGUUAUGUUACGAGUGAUUGUUUCCAUAUGUACCCAUUGUUAAAAAUGCUAGUGUGAUAGUUUUUAAUACUUUCUCCAGGAUUGGAAAUACAGCAAAAUUCCUGACUCUUA